UAAAAUAGGGUUAUGGAAAGAUCGAUUUCAUGCCUGUAUCUAUCUCAUAACAACUCGAAGGGUAAUGGAUGGGUAGAGCUAAACUAAAAGAGCCAGAUUUUGCCUGUCAAAAUGAUCAGACCCACUUAAGAACAAAUAUUUUCACUUGAAAAAUAGCAUGAUCAACAUUCUUAAUUCCAAAACAACACCUCAGUCUCAGCUGUCAAAGUUAGACCACCAAACUUCGAAAAAGAACAGCUUGCAGUGUUAAUGAACUGGUUGGAAACUAACGAAGAGCACCCAUAUCCCUCAAAAGAAGACUUAAACAAUAUGACUGAAUCCACAGGGCUGCUUAGAAAGCAGGUCCACUUAUGGUGAACAAACGUUCGGAGAAGAAAUAUGUGAGUAAGGACUCAAGAUGAUGGAACAAAGAUACUUACAAAGCUUCCUGCUGGAAACAAAAGAUCGAGAAAGAAGGUUGAUAAAGCUCAGAAAGAGACUGAAGAAAAUGAUCUAAAAGUUCAUGUUGCUCCGAAGCCUCAGUAUGAAACACCAGCUGAGAUCUUAACAAAACCAGAGACUGAGAAAGAUACUACAGUUGCCUUAAAGCUUCCCUCGUUGAUAAAACUAGGAUUGGUUAAUGGCUUCCAGCCGUUUAGAAAAAAUUCAGAUGAAUGCUGCGUCCUCUUAGGUGAUCACAAGGAAGAAGCUUCCGAUUCAGAAGAUGAAUGGUCUACCUGGUGGCAUUCUUAAGCUAUUUAAACCAAUAAGAAAAUAAUAAUAUUUCCAAAUUUCAAUAACCAUUCUC